AUGGCAAAACUCAUGUUCUUAUGUUUCAUCAUCCUCGCUAUUGGGGUAGCCAUGUCGGCUGACGAAUGCGAGGGUGACCGACAGGCAAUGAUCAAGGAGUGUGCUAAGUAUCAACAAUGGCCAGCAAAUCCGAAGCUAGAUCCAUCGGAUGCAUGUUGCGCCGUGUGGCAAAAGGCAAACAUCCCAUGCCUUUGCGCUGGUGUCACCAAGGAGAAAGAGAAGAUAUAUUGUAUGGAGAAGGUUACACAUUCCCUCCUCUGGCGUAGUCACUCUAGUUUAGCUGUGGGAGGAGAAGUGUUGGCUUUUACAUUCCAUGUACCUGGCCUAACAAUAACUUUCCUUUCAGAUCUGUAA